AUGAAUGACGAGGAUUCUAAAGAACAUGCUCCUCUUACUAGGGAAACUAGUGGAAAACAAUACUUUGAUUUUUGGAGGAGCUUCAUGAAGAAACCAGCUAUCGAUAUUCGACAAAAAAGUUUACAAGAUUUGCGAAAAGAAAUUUCGCAAGAAAUGACAUAUUAUGUUAACUCUGAACUUAUAAUUCCUCACCAAGAUACACUUUUAUGGUGGCGAGAAGAGAAAAACAAAUAUCCUCGAUUGUCAACUAUGGCAAGAAGAUAUUUGGCGAUACCUUGCACUUCUGCCGAGAGUGAGAGACUAUUUUGA